AUACGAUUCUGGCGCAGAAAUUCCUAUCAUGGAAUUUGCUUGAAAAAUAUUAAAAACUUUCUGUUCGUGAAUUUGUUUCCUUGUUUGCGUAUUUUGAGCCUAAAAUACACAAAACAGUAAUUUUUGCUCUGACGUUUUGCUGGUAGAAGCAACGGUAGAAGCAGUUUCAUCAAAGACCGAUUUACCAUGCAGCCAGCACCGGUUCGACCGCCAGGAGGUCCACCUCGGACACCACUGACACCGUCACCAGCUCCGGUUUCGGGAAUGCAGACACCACUUCGUCCUCCCGGGAUACCUCCUGGCCAGUCCCCUGGUCUGACUCCUGGGGCUCGACCUCCUCCCAUGCCUCCGGGAAUGACUCCCUCGCCGGGAGUGCCUCCCCGACCGGGUCUCCCUCCCGGGGCACCAUUCCGACCUCCCCUCCCGCCAGGAGUGUCAGCGGGGCAGCAAUUUAGACCGGUAUCAAGCGCACCACCCUCGGGUUGGGCAGCGCCCCCCGCCCCCGGCGCUUCUGCUGCUGCUGCUGCCCAGACGCCUACUUCGAUAGCACCGCCAAGACCAGCUGGUGCUGCCAUCUCUGGAGCGCCACCGCUACCUCAGCCUCCGGGAUCGGUCGCUGGUGGCGCCAGUGUCGGCGCACCGCCUAGUUCAACUGGUCCCGGCGGACAGUUCAACACAUCUCCAUUCCGACCUCUGGCCCCUGGUCCCGCGGUCCCCGGUGGUCCCGCUGUCCCCGGUGGUCCCCCGGUCCGCAGUCCGGCAGUCCCUGGUCCUCCCAUGCCCAGUCCGUCGGUCCCGAGACCACCAGGUCCUGGUUCUCAGGUUCCUGGGCCGCCUGGUCCCAUACCUGGACCUCCUGGUCCUCCAUCUGGUCUUGGUCUCUCUGGUCCUGGUCUCUCUAGACCGCCUGGUUCCAUGCCUGGUCCUCCGUCUACUCAAGGAGGAGCUGGGGAUCCACUCAGACCUCCUGGCCCCAACCAACGGCCUGCCCCGCCUACUUCUGCGUACGCUCCGCCCACUUCGGCAUAUGCCCCGCCCACUUCUGCUUAUGGACAACCCGCAACUUCAGCGUUUGGACCUCCAACGUCAUCGUUUGGACCUCCGACAUCAUCUUAUGGACCUCCAACGUCAUCCUAUGGGCCUCCGACGUCAUCAAUUGGACCUCCGACGUCAUCAAUUGGUCCACCUACGUCAUACGCCCCGCCCACCACUGGCAACACCCAACCACCGACGCGUUCUCCGCUGAUGGCUCCGCCCACAUCAGCUGCCGGCCAAUCAGCGCCGCCGGCGCCGUCUGCUCCACCAAUGGGAGGCGGUGCUGGUCCGAUGGCUCCGCCCCCUAUGUCAAAUGGAGCUGUGAACGGGGGAGGAACCCCGGGACCGGCUGGACAGAGGCGCUAUCCGGCACAGCCGGCCUUUGGCGGCGGUGCUCCCCCACCAGCCCCAGUAAACGGAGCAGCCGGUCUGGCGGGUCAGAUGGGUCAAAUGGGUCUGGGAGGCCCUCAGCAACAGCCAGGAGGCAGACAGACUGCCCAUAAUGUCAUCUCGGGAGGAUUCAACCGGCUCUGGGGAACAGAAUCGGUCGACCUCAUGCAGCAGCGGCACAUUCUGCCUCCGGGUCCUCUGGAGCCACCCAAGGUCGUCCUGCCGCAGGAGCAUCUCAACAACAGCAACGUCAAGCCAGACCUGUUCCGCUGCACCUUGACGCGUGUUCCGGAGACGUCCAGCGUCCUCCAGAAGUCGCGGCUGCCGUUCGGCAUCGUCAUCCACCCGUUCAAGGACCUGCCGUCUCUGCCGGUGAUCCAGUGUAACACAAUAGUGCGGUGCCGCUCCUGUCGUACCUACAUCAAUCCGUUCGUCUACUUCAUCGAUCAAAGGAGGUGGAAGUGUAACCUCUGCUACAGAGCGAACGACCUACCGGAGGAGUUUCAGUAUGACCCGGUCAGUAAGACCUACGGAGACCCGAGCCGGCGGCCUGAGUGCAAGUCGUCCACCAUAGAGUUCAUCGCGCCGUCUGAAUACAUGGUGCGGCCGCCGCAGCCGUCGUGCUACCUGUUUGCCCUGGACGUCAGUCGCGCGGCAGUGGAGUCGGGGUACCUCCGUGUGUUCUGUGAUACUCUUCUGGAUGAGCUGGACAGACUACCGGGAGAUUCACGGACUCAGAUUGGGUUCAUCACGUUCGACGACAGCGUCCACUUCUACGACCUCUCCGAGGGUCUCACCCAGCCGAGGAUGAUGGUCGUCGGAGAUGUGGACGACGUGUUCCCGCCGUCUCCGGACGGGCUGCUGGUGAACCUGAACGAGUCACGUGACCUGGUACAGGACCUGCUCACCCAGCUCCCGGAGUGGUUUGCUGGGAACCACAAUACACGGAGCUGCCUCGGAGCGGCACUGCAGGCCGCCUACAAACUGGUGUACCCAGUGGGCGGUCGGAUCACGGCUGUCCUGGCGUCACUACCGUCUCACGGACCGGGGGCUCUGACCGCCAGAGAGGACCCCAACAACCGGGCAGGCCAGUCGUCGCCCCACCUGGGCCCGGCCACUGACUUCUACAAGAAGCUGGCCCUGGAGUGUUCCUCUCAGCAGGUGGCUGUGGACCUGUUCUCUGUGGCGGCGGCCUACACCGAUCUGGCAACUCUGAGUGGCGUCAGCCAGUUCUCGGGUGGCUCUGUCCACUACUACCCCGGAGUUCACACCCAGCUCAACCCCGCUCAGACCGAGGCGUUUGAACGAGGACUGAGGAGAUAUCUCACCAGGAAGAUCGGGUUUGAGGCGGUCAUGAGGAUACGGUGCACUCGCGGUCUGGCGAUGCACACAUUCCACGGCAACUUCUUCGUCCGCUCCACGGACCUGCUGUCCCUGCCGAACGUCAGCCCCGACGCCGGGUUCGGGAUACAGGUGUCGGUAGAAGAAGCCCUCAGCGACACCCAUACGACGUGCUUCCAGGCGGCGCUGCUCUACACUUCGAGCAAGGGAGAGCGCCGUAUCCGCGUUCACACGCUCUGCCUCCCUGUGACGCCCAACAUGCACGAGGUCAUCCAGGGAGCCGAUCAGGAGGCCGUCACCAGUCUGCUCGCCAAGAUGGCCGUGGACCGGUGCCUCUCGUCCUCUCUCCCGGACGCGCGUGAGGCCGUCGUGAAUGCCGUAAUCGACUCUCUGGGAGCGUACCGGGCGACUCUGAGCUCCCCCGGGCCGGGAUUGGAGGCUCCGAGGUCCCUGCAGCUGCUGCCACUGUUCGCGCUGGCGCUGAUCAAACACCCGGCCUUCAGGUCCGGAUUCAGCACCAAACUGGACGAGCGAUCCUACGCCAUGACCCAACUCAAGUGUCUGCCGCUGGCUCAGCUGAUGAUGUCGGUACAUCCCAACCUGUACGCCGUGCACCUGCUCAACGACGAGGGCGCCGUCGAACAAGAGGACAUCGUCAUUCCCCAGCCUCCACGUCUUCAGCUCUCAUCAGAGUUCAUAGACUCAUCUGGAGUGUAUCUGAUGGACUGCCUGGAUGUGAUCUACAUCAUGGUCGGAAGCAGGGCCGACCAGGGGUACCUGCAGGCAGCGCUGGGGGUCAACAUGGCGGCAGAGCUGCCGGCAGAGAUGUCUGAGCUACCAGAGCUUGAAACGGACGAAAGCCGCCGCCUGCGUAGUUUCAUCACCUUCCUACAGGCCACGAGGUCCUUCUGUGCCGCACUGCACAUAUUCAG